CGUUCCGUCUUCUUCCUCCACAUUCCCUCCGAUCUCUCGCCGGAGAGAAAGAGGGGGGAAUGAAAUCAUCCGAUUCAGGAGCUCGCAACAGGUAAGCAGCCAUCCUGUUCGUUCUCCAAUCAUCUCGUUUUGGUACUCCGAGAUCGGGUUGCGAGCUCGAUCUCGUUUGUCGCGUGAUCUGUGGUCGCCAUUAGUUUCUUUGCUGCUGAAUCCGAUUCACAUUAUGGGUAGAGUCGAUUCCGUUUCACGUCGAUUCAGUGCGUCUAGACCUGCUACGGUUGAGUUCACCGAUGUUUGUCAUGUUGAAAUCAGGCUGCCCGCUUCGCAUCCUGUGUCUUUGAGCUCGAUUGCGAUUUGUCUGCGCGAAAGGAGCAGUUUUUAACUUGUUAUGGUUCGGAGUCGGUUGGCUCCGGUGGGCCGUGGAUGGAUCCGAAGUCGCCUUCAAAAGUUAAAACCUCUAUCGCCAGAUUUGCACAUUAUACGUUGGCACUGAAGAUUGGUGCGGUGAUUGUUCUUGCUGGGUUGUUGUUAUUGAGUGGUUUGCAUUUGGGCUGGAAACGUGUCGUGUCUCAUGAUCCUGGACGGUCCUACUUUAUGGUCAUUGUGGACUGUGGAAGCACCGGCACUCGCGUUAAUGUGUAUGAGUGGAUGCUGAGAGCUGCAAAUGAAUGGGAGCUACCAAUUCUGGUGAAUUCUUACCCUGAUAAUUUGAUUGAGAACCGGACUUCUAACAGCUCUUGUCAGUAUCACUGUCUGCAAACCAAGCCCGGUUUAGAUAGAUUCAUCGGCAAUGCUAGUGGAGUGAGGGCUGCUCUGGAACCGUUGAUAACCUGGGCAAAACAGUGGGUGCCUGAAGAAAGACAUCCAGAGACUCCGAUUUUCGUUCUUGCAACUGCUGGACUCAGGAGGUUGGCAGUUAAGGAUGUGACACGGGUCUUGAAUGACGUCGAAGCUGUUGUCAAGGAACAUGCGUUUGUUUAUAAGAGGAGCUGGAUAAGGGUACUGCAUGGGAAAGAGGAAGCAUACUAUGGUUGGUUAGCUCUGAAUUACAAAAUGGGGAGACUUGGAAAUCAUUCUAGGUCGCCCACUUUGGGGCUUCUCGACGUGGGAGGUUCCUCGUUGCAGGUAGCGAUGGAAGUACAUGAUACAGUGAAUCAUGAGCAGUUGGUAAGACUGACAGUCGGUGCUGUCGAACAUUGGGUAUUAGCCUACUCUUUCCCGGCAUUUGGUUUGCAAGAGGCAUUUGACCGGACCCUUGUCAUACUAACACAAAAUGAAACACCAAGACAGAGGAAUGGUAACUAUAUUCUUAGCCACCCUUGUCUGAAUCCAAACUAUGUGCAGAACUAUGCCUGCUAUAAUUGCCGCACAAUGAAUACCCCGGAAGAAAUAUUUUUGGGCAGUGCAAAGCAAAAGGCAGAGUUUAGUAUUGUGAAUGUUGUUGGAGAUCCGAAUUGGGAAGAGUGCAGAAUACUUGCAAGGGCUGCUGCUGCCAAUUCAAGUUACUUAAAGCACUCUUCUGUAGCAGUUGGUACAAACAGGAAAGAGAACGUCUUUUACCACAAUGUUGGUGAAUGGCAAAACAUCAUGGGGGUUGCCCAGCCUGACCUGGCUUUUCACGCCUUAUCAGGAUUUUUUGCUGUUUACAGUAAGUUAAGAUUAGGCAAUAGAGCUAAUUUCACGCGGUUGUUGGAGAAAGGUCAUCAACUAUGUUCAAAAUCAUGGAUCAAUUCAAGCCACAUCACUGAACAUGGAAACUAUGGAGGACAAUUUUGCUUUCAGGUACCCUAUUUGGCGUCGCUCAUCGAUGAGGCGCUUCAUGUCGGCAACAGAGAUAUUAUAGUUGGGCCAGGGGAUAUAUCUUGGCCUUUGGGAGCUUCUUUGGUUGAGGGCAAAUUUAUGCAGUCGCGUCCCUUCAAAGCCAAUACGGCACUGUCAUCUUUUAGGAUCAGAACAGUGGGCUCCAUCCCAUCCCCUGUUUUCCUCUUUGUUCUACUUAUAUGCUUGGGAGCUUUCGUUUACCGUCGCCAGAUCAAGCUGCCAAUGCUGCAGAAGAACGGUGCUGCUGGGGUUUCACUGCCAUUAUGUAAUCCUAGACGCCAAAGAAGUCAAUUAUUUUGACCGUGGUUGCCUCGGUCUUUGUAGAAACUAGAUACUCCAUACGAUUAUGUACCUUCACUCGACCCUUGAGUUUUUUGCAUCCUUCUAGGUUA